AUGUCCAUAAAUUCUCCUCCCUCAUACGCCCCAACGGCGACUACGUCGUACACUCCUUCCUCUGGCAACCAGCUCAAGUACCACCAAGAAGUCACCAAAUCGUCCCUUCUCAAGACUGAGCUCCAUAAAAGCGUCUACUCGUCGAUGUCGGAGGUGUACUCCAUCCUUCCUACCUUGGAAAUGCUCGAAAACUCGUACUUGAAAGACUACAUCACUGACAAGGAGAAGUACACCUCCACUACCUACAGACUCAUAAACCAAUACCAGAUCAUAGUCAAAGGGUUUGUGGAAGAUGAGGCUGCCAUGAAACUUCUCCGAAACGUGUUGGGGCCUGAAUUGAGCGACGACGCCGGGAAUUUUCCAUCUCUACUUAGCCAAAAAUUCCGAUUACAGUGUCCUCUGGCAAUAAAACGUUUACAGGCAGGCAUUCCUGCCACCAUCGAGCAUUUGAGUACCCAGGUCGAAAGCUCCAGCCACCCCAACAAGGCUGGCAACAGUGAGGCAUUCGCGGGAACUACGUCGAGCUCUGCUGGUCGGAUGAUCGCCGAAAUUACAGGGAACUUCAUCACAUGUAUGGAUGCAUUGAAGUUGAACUAUAAGACUAAGGAACAACUCCACCCGUUGUUGAGCGAGUUGGUGAUCAACUUGAACGACUUGAUUGAGAGCGGAAGUCAUAAAAUCAUCGAGUUCCAAGGAAAAUCCAAGUUGGUCAACUGGUUGAUUAAGUUGAACAACUUGGGCGAUGACGAGGUGUUGGCCCAGCAGGAAAUUGAUUCAUUUUUGGAUGAUUUGGAUAUGGCUUAUAAGGGGUUCUAUACGUCGUUGGAGUAG